AUGGCGUCCAUGCCGCACAUCACGCGUCCGACGCGCGAGGCCAUGUUGAACGCGGCGAGUGGAUUCUGGGAGCGGCUGCGCAUACAUUGGCGUUGGAUGGCCCUGCGGUCUUUCCGGAAGUUUAAUGCGGACGACUUUUCGGCGUUCCUUACAUGGUUCGUGAUGAGCCAGACGAUCUGGAUCCUGGUUGGAACAACGUCUUUCCUAUCCGCCGUAUUCUGGUUAGCCAACAGCUUGAGCUUACAACACUACAUCGCAAAGGCCCUCAGCGACUACCUCACCCGCGGCACCGACAUCAUGAUCGUCUUCGAGUCUGCCAUUGUUCCCAAAUGGCGCGACUCCAAGCUGUGCUUCAAGAACGUCUACAUCUCCCGCGGCCCGCACACCACGGAGCAGGAGAAGAAGAGGCAAGACGAGAAGAGGGCACAGAGCGAUGGCGAGGAAGGCGAACCUGGCCACCCACCGCAGAUGGCGGGCAAGGUCCCGGAGCAGCUGCUGGAGGAGUACAACUACACAAUGUUCGACCUCAACGUGGACUCGGUGGAUGUGACAUUGUCGUUGUGGCGCUGGCUGGAUGGCAAAGGGCUGGUGAAGGAUGCCGUAGUGAAAGGCGUGCGUGGAGCUAUCGACCGCCGCUCCAUCCACUGGGACCCCGAGAACCCCCUCAACCCGGCCGACUUCCGGCACAAGUCUCAACCCGGCGACUUCGAGCUCGAGUCGCUGCAAAUGGAGGAUGUCCUCGUCACCGUGUACCAGCCCGAUGCCUUCCGGCCAUACACCGCGUCGAUCUUCCGUGCGGACUUCCCCAUAUUCCGCAAGCAGUGGCUCUUCUACGACUUCUUGUCCGCGGACAGUAUCGUGGGGCAGUUUGAUAACUGCCUCUUCAGUCUGCAUAAGCCGCAGAGUAUCGGGCGGACGAACGAGGCGGACACGAGGGACAGCGACUGGGCGAGGAUGUCCCGCGUCCGCAUCGACGGCGUCAACAUCGACCACCUCCAGCGCUCUACCUCCUCCGACGGCCCCUUCUCCUGGAUCACCUCCGGCAAAGUCGACGCCGUCCUCGACAUCAAGUUCCCCCACGACCCCGAGGACGAGCUCCCGUUCCAACUCAUCCUCGGCGAGCUCGCCGACGCCAUCUCCGAGCACAUCCCCGGGCAGCAGCAGCACAUCCCGGGCCAGCGCGAGCUCGCGAAGCCCCCGCUGUCUGCACCGGAUUCGGACGGGAUCGAGCGCGCGGAGCCAUGCGUGGUGAUUGAUAUUGAUUUGCGGUUUAGGGAUGUGAAGGCGAGCGUGCCGAUCUUCACGAAUGACAUUUCCGUGGCGAACAAUGCGCUCAUUCGGCCAAUUGUGGCGUUUAUGAACGCGAACCACACUUUGGUACCGAUUCGGGCGCGGGUGGUGAAGGACUUGAGCGAGUUCGAUGGGGCUUGGACAGUAACUGGUCUCAUGGACGAUAUCUCUGAUAAGAUCUACAACGCCCUCGCCUACCACGUCACCCAGGCCAACAUGAACAAGCGCCUGAAGACCGUCGGCCUCUGGAGCGUGCAGAUGACCGCGAGCGCGGUACUCUCCGCGCUGCGCCGUGCGCUCGAUCCCAUCUCGCUCCACCUGCGCGAGACGUACACGAUACCGCUGCAGAACGCUCACGCUAUGUACGAGUUGCUCAUGUUUAUGCCACAGAUAUGA